CAAUCAAGUGACAUUGCAAUGGGCAUAGUGAAAGAUGAUCAAGGUGCUGGCGAUCAAGGUAUAAUGUAUGGUUAUGCGACCAAGGAGACUGAAAACUUAAUGCCAGCACCUAUUUUUUAUGCGCAUUUAAUUCUUAAAAAUAUUUUAAGUGCAGUUAAGCUUGGUCCAGAUGCAAAGUCACAAAUUACUUUGGCCUAUGAAAAUAAUAUUCCUGUUCGCGCUGAGAAUAUUAUCGUGUCAAUACAGCAUCCCGAAGAUUUUACUCAAAUCAAAGAGGUAAUUUAUCCGCAUGUUGUUUCAUCAAUACCUGAAGGAUGGAUGUGUUCAGAGGAAAAUUUUCUGGUUAAUCCUACUGGUAGGUUCGUUAUUGGUGGUCCAAUUAGCGAUUGUGGGAUCACAGGUAGAAAAAUUAUGGUUGAUACGUAUGGUGGAUAUAUUCCACAUGGUG